GCCACGGCAUAUUUUUCAUCCGAAACGACGCGAACAUAUUCCGAUUCUGCCGAAGCAAAUGUCACAAGCACUUUAAGGCCAAGCACAACCCACGCAAGGUCAAAUGGACUAAAGUCUACAGAAAGGAAAGGAACAAGGAGUUGAAUGAAGACAAAACAUUUGAGUUCGAAAGGAUCAGAAGUGAGCCAGUAAAAUACGAUCGAGAUUUGUACAUAAAAACAGUUAACGCUAUAAAACAAAUCGAUAAAAUCAAGGAGGCCAGAAAAAUGAGAUUUUACAAGAGCAGGAUUCAAGAAGUAUCGGAGAAAAAAAUUAACUUAUCGUUAAAUUACAUUAAGAAGAACCCAGCUCUUUUGAGGAACACCGAAUUUGAGGGUGUGCUUGGCGAACUGAUGAAGGAACAGCCGAGUGAGGAUGUGGACUUCACCCUUGUUAAGGGUACUUUUGACCAGGAGGAACUCAUUACGAAGGACGUGCAGGAGAUGGGUCAGAAGCUCUGCGCUGAUGUUACUUCGAUUAGGGACAUACAGGUGAGGCGUCGCGCGAGGAAAAAUAAAAUAAAGU